AUACAACCCAAAACUUGGACGCUAACUCUGAAGCUCUCCCUCGAUUGCGUCACGAAGCAUUCCCACCACACACGCCCUUGGGAGGGAUUAACCUUUAACAUCUCACCUUCCCCAUAGUCACCCGCUCUGCGACAAACUUUCUCCAUACGACACCCCACGAAUCGAAACAUACACGUUAUUCCCACAACCUACGCGGCUGACGUCUUUGCCCAUCAUGGCCGACGCCGGCCAUAUUCAAACCAGUCUCAUCUGGAUUGCGUAUGCAGCGGCAGUUGCUUUGUGUCUGGCUGCCGCCAUCAUCACAACUUUCACUUGGCAGACUUCGCGCGAGCGCUCUGCUGUGGUGAGCUCCGUUGCCAUCAUCAGUCUGACCUCGCUCCUCGCCACCGCUCUCCUCUUACCCGUCGAUAUCGCUCUUGUUUCGUCUACCGGCUCUACGGAGCUUGGUGCAAAGAAAACCUGGGCUACCCCAGAACGCAUCGAAUCGAUUCUGCUCGGAUUGCGCAUCAUAUACUACGUCCUCUACAGCUUCGAUGCGCUGCUAUGCUUGCUGUUGAUUCCAUUUGCCUACUUUUGGUACGAGGAAUACGAUGAGAUUGAAUUUGAGGAAGAGGGGCGUACCUGGGUGAGCCGAUUCUGGGCUUCUGCGAAGUAUACAUCGUUUUUCUUAGCCCUGGUAGUUCUUCUGUUCCUCGUCGGCUUCUUCGCCCCAGCGGCUGGCGAUCGAGCAAAUAGCCAUCUCGACCUCGAUUACUACAGAAAGCUCCUUGCUCAAAACCAUGGAGAAAAGGCCCUGACUUUUGCACUUGGUCUUCUCGUGACGCUGGGCACCAUCAUGUAUAUUCUGUACACGAGCGUCGGGCUUGCACUCGUGCCGAUUUCAUUCAUCAAGGGUGCUCCUAAGAUUUCAGCUCCUCAACUAUCUGCAACCACAGCAUCUCAGCUGGAGCAAAACCGCGAGCGCCAACGACAACUGGAGAUGCGCAAUGCUGGCCGUCAGGAAGGCAUGUCGCGAAAAGACCGACGAGAACUCAGUGCCCUAGUUCGAGAGGAGCAAACGUUGGUCAGGCGCGAGCGUCUGGCCGCUGAGGCUAGUGGCGAAGGUAAAAGCAAGCUCUACCAAGCCUGGCUCAAGGUUGGAACACUGUUACGCCCCAUCAAGAUGAUUGGUGGACUCUUGUUAAUCGCCGUGUCUGUUCUCGUCUGGGCAUCUAUGCUCAUUACUGGCAUUGACAAGGCGAAAAACUCCAUCUGCAAAGAACGAUGCGGCUACAUCAUCGGGCAUGUCAACUUGUUCCAGCCCAUGAACUGGAUCUUUGUGAAAACCGCAAACAUCUUCCCCGUCGAUUAUGUCCUGAUGGCUCUGUUGACGCUCUAUCUCUUCAGCUGUUCGGUGUCUGGCAUCGCUUCCAUCGGCGUGCGCUUUCUCUGGGUGCGAAUUUUCCAGAUUCGCAAGGGCAGAACGGCUCCGCAGGCCCUGCUUAUUGCAACUGUUAUGCUUGGCCUUAUAACCUUGGCAAUCAACUACGUACUCGUCACCUUCAUUGCGCCGCAGUAUUCCCUGUACGGCACACAAACAUUCUGUACAAGAAAGCCGGAAUAUGAGGGAGCCCAACCCGACUGCAGAGGCCAUCUUGACAUGGUUCGACUCUGCUCAGAGGCUCUGAACGACAAAAUUACAUCAGACGUUUGUACACCAUCCGUCAUGUCCACCUUUUUGAACCGCAUUACCAUUACCUGGCCAUUCUUUGGCGUUGUCGAUUUUUGGGGACAGUUUGUAUUUUUGUUCAUUUUCUUGAUUGUCUUUGUGACGGCUAUAUUCCGCACCCCAAAGGUCAACAUGGCAGAGCUCGAUGAAGACGCUGAGGAAGAUGAGGAGGAAUCCUUACUUGCUGCGACGGGCCGGCGCUUCGAGGCAUCCUGGGGCGAUAUCCGUGGCGAUGCGAGAACCAGCUAUGGUACCAAUAACAACUAGGUUAUUGCAUCCGGUUGUAUUUUGUAUUUUGUAUUUUUUUGUUUCUUAUUCCUACCUUUGGUUUUGGGUUUGGUUUGGAUUUCGGGAUGGCGGCGCUUUUGCUAUUUAUUUUCUCACUGUAUCCAAUGUAAGAUAUCUGCCUGUACACGACGACGGAAGCAGUAUGGAAGCUGCCAGCAGAAAUUAGCUGUUUAAAUACAACGUAUUGAUACAUUU